CGUAAUCACGCUACCAGAUCUGCACCACCACCACCACCACGCGGCGCUCAGGAUGGACACCAUCGCAACUGCUUUCUUCGACCAUUCCGAGGCCCGGCGCAUCAACACGAAUGCCGUCAUCAGCCGUGCGCUCAGGGAGCAGCACCCGACUUCGGCGCUGGUAACCGUGUCUAUACCGAACUGCAAUCUGCUCGACUAUGCUACCGGCACAGGAAAGGCCUCCUUCUGGCCGCUCGAGCAGGGGAAGAGCGACCUGUUACUGACUGAAUACACCCCUCCUCCGCAUCGCACGGAAGAUGGAAGCAUCCAAGACACGGCUCUGUUUGCCAAGUACGGAUACAGGUGGGACGGUUGUGACUUCCUCCUCUACCUUUUGGAGGGCCGCGAUGGUUCGGCCUCCUAUCCUCAGCUCCGCUUUGCCUACCUAUUGACGCCGCAGCGCGAGAAGGCCGAGGCACUGGUCUAUGCAGCGGGCAGGUGGACCAGUGAGCUGCAUGACGAGGUCUGGGUCUUUGACAGUGGCUACUGGCAAAAAAGUGCCCAGCUGUUCGCGAGCAUACGUAGCGCGUCGUGGGACGACGUCAUCCUCGACGCCAAGAUGAAGCAGGAUCUCAUUGACGAUCACAUGUCCUUCUUCCACUCAAAGGAGCAGUACCGAAAGUUCAAGGUGCCGUGGAAGCGAGGGGUGAUCUACUACGGUCCUCCGGGAAAUGGAAAGACGAUCAGCAUCAAGGCGAUGAUGCACGCACUGUACAGCUUGAAGGACCCGAUUCCUUCCCUGUACGUCAGGUCGCUCUCUUCGGCUGCAGGCCCCGAAUAUGCAAUCAAACAAAUCUUCGAGAGGGCCCGCCAGACAGCACCAUGCUACCUCAUCUUCGAGGACUUGGACUCGCUCGUGUCGGACAGAGUAAGGAGCUACUUUCUAAACGAAGUCGAUGGCUUGAAGGCAAACGACGGCAUCUUCAUGGUGGGCAGCACCAAUCAUCUCGAUCAGCUUGAUCCGGGAAUUGCGAAACGGCCCUCGCGCUUCGACAGAAAAUACCUCUUCUCGGACCCCAACAAGGAGGAGCGCAUCGCAUACUGCCACUUCUGGCAGAGAAAGCUGCGCGACAACAAAGACGUUGCGUUUCCAGAUAUCCUGUGCGACGCCAUCGCCGGUAUCACCGACAAGUUCAGCUUCGCUUUUAUACAAGAGGCUUUCGUCGCCGCGCUUCUGGCCAUUGCCCGCCACCGUCGAGAAGACAGGGUGCCUUGUAACGACGAAUCAUACGUUUCUGUGGGAGAUUCUGGCAGCCAAAGGGAGGCGUUUGUCGAAGAUCUUGCCGACGAUUGGGUCGACGUGUCCGCAGUCGUCGACCUCGACAAGUACAUCCUCUGGAGGGAGAUCAAGAAGCAAAUCAAGUCGCUGCGCAAAGAAUUCGAUCCGGACGCCUCUCCCCCGUGAUGAUGGCACCCUUGACGUCGUCUCCUUUUUCUGCCUGCUUUCGAGCGUUGAAUCUAGCUACUUCUCGAAUUGCAGACUUCUCCUGACCCAGAAUCGAAUUAUGAAUCUACUACUACUACUCUAGGGCACUUAUUACAAGUCAUCGACUGAAGAGAGUAAUGCGGCGUUGCUGCUUGACCUAGCAUUGAUGCUUCGAAAUCAAAUCAUGGAAAUUCGACUCGGC